GAAGUCUCAUUUCUAAAUAUCUUCUUGCAAAGAAAAAUGCGCCUUCUCAUUAAAACAAGGACAAUACGUGCAUUCAUAUACCAAUUUUAUCAUAUUAUUGUCUGUACAAAAGUUCGUCUGAUUUCAAACCAGUUUAAUGCAUGAAUUUUCUUGAAGACCUACAAUAUUUGGUUUUUUUUUCCGUUCUCCAUUUUUCCUUUUCUUUUUCUUUUUUUUUUUUUUUUCCUUGCUAUAAUGUAAGCAUUGAAAGCAAUAUGUCACAGCAUGAAUAUACCAAGUUUGGAGAAGAUUGUGCAGAUCACAAAAUCAGUGACAAAAAAAUCAGUAGAGAUGACCAGUCAGAGGGUGGGCCAGAAGCGGGGAGCUCUUCCUCAUACAUUAUAACUACUAGCGAACGAGAUCCCCUCAUUUCACCAUCCUCAAGCUAUUAUGGAGCAAUAAGACCUAGUAACAGUAGUAAUUAUCCAGACUAUUCUCAACAUCGAUCGAAUACUUCACGAUGGCGAAAGACUUGUACAUACAUUGUCAUUUCGAUUAUUGUGCCUAUCGUCUUUUUGUUGGCAUUUAUCGUAUGGCUCGCUCCAACGUAUGCAGAACGAGCAGUUGAAAAAGGAGUUGCAUUUAAGUUUAAGCGAGCAUCAAUAAUGGAUUUUACGGAUGAUAAUGUAAUUCAUAUGCAUAUAUCUGGUGAGAUUGGUCUACAACCAAGAUUAUUCCAAAUGCAACAAAGCCUAAGCGGCCUAUUUGGUGCAGUCGAAGUGCAGCAAUCCAAAUUGAAAGUCGGUUAUCAAAAAGCAAUUCAGCCCUUAUUGUCCGAUCAGCUAACCUUGGGUACCAUUGAUAUUCCUACACUGCAGUUAAAUGAUACAUCCAAUGUGACCAGCUUCGAUUUCAUCACACGAUUCGUUAUCGACGAUACAGAUGCAUUAAUGACUUUUUGCAAGGAUGCAGUUAGUGCAACGACUAUAUUAUGGCGUAUAAGCGGUCCACUAUCGAUGAAUGUUGCAAAACUACCAUGGGAUAUUUAUACUGACCUUGAUAAAUUGAUAGAACUAGAAGGACUCGUUUAGACUCGCUGAUGUUUCCCGGUCCUCAUACGCUGGGCGGUAUCAGUGUUAUUGGUACCGUGGGGAUCUAUAAUCCUUCAAACGUCUUAAGCUUUAACCUUGGAGACGUUGAUUUUGGUAUUUUUCUUCCAACUGACCAUCAAGAUAAAAAUGAUACACAAAUCGCAGUGGUGCGAGCAAAUCAUGCAAAUCUCGAAGGACGCCAGAUGAACUAUUUUAAC